AUGGCAGGAGGCAACACUCCCAAACCCCCUCCUUCCUCCUCAUCAGCCGGACAAUCCCAACACCACAAAUCCCGGUGGGAAUCUUCAACCUCAGCCGCGGCAAUCGAUCAUAAACCCUCGGGCUCUGCAUCUACCUCCAUGGCUGAAUCCAAACCAAAACCCUCACCUAACUCCAGUAAAACCACCACCACUAUCACCACCCCAAACAAAAGUAAAGAGGCCAAUAAUAAACCCCCUACCCCGAAACCUAAACCCAGAUCAGAAAUCCCGCUCAUACCCGAAAACCGGAAUGCCCAUUUAGGUCCACAGCCCGUGUUUCCAUUCCCGGACCCGCCUCCACCACCUGCUUAUGGGUUCCACAUGCUUGACCGACGGACUAUAAUCCUCGCGGAUGGCUCCGUCCGGUCAUACUUAGCGUUGCCGCCUGAUUACACGAAUUUUACGCCCAUGCCAAGGCCUGGAUUCCGACCCGAAUUUCGUGGCCCUCCAGAAUUUGGGCUUGAUAGGCCUCAUUUCCCAAUGAGUCCUGAUUUCCUGCCGGAGUUCAGGCCGGAGUUUCGUGGCCCGGAUGACCCGUUUGCAAGGGCCCGCAAUCAAGAGUAUUGGAGUUCACUGGGCCCAGGGCCUGAGAGUUCGAUGAAGAGAAAGUUUGGGGAAGAAGAGAGGAAAGGAAAUGAUGCGUUUGAUAGACAACCCCAGCAUACUUUGCAGUACAGAAAUGCCAGUACAAAUGCAAAUGGCCCUGGCCCGAGUGGUCUGUAUAAUUUGGGGAGUGGUGAGGAGAUGAGGCCUACUAAGUAUAUGAAGACAGGUGAGGUGAAUAUGGGUAAACUUAAGCACAAUGAUGUUGAUCAGAAUUCGUUAAGAAAAGCAUUUUCACAUUUUGUGAAGUUAAUUUACGAGAAUGCGAAUCAGAAAAGGACUUACCUGGCUGAUGGAAAGCAAGGGCCUCUCCAGUGUCUUGCCUGUGGCAGGACUUCAAAACAUUUUCCAGAUAUGCAUGGUCUUAUCAUGCAUACAUACCACUCAGAUUCUGGUGAGUUGCUUGUGGAUCACUUGGGCUUUCACAAAGCUUUGUGCAUUCUGAUGGGAUGGAACUAUUUGAUGUCUCCUGAAAAUUCAAAAGCAUAUCAGAUGUUAUCUGCUGACGACGCAGUAGCAAACCGGGAUGAUCUGAUUAUGUGGCCGCCUUCUGUGUUAAUUCAUAAUACACUUACAGGAAAAGGUAGAGAUGGCCGCAUGGAAGGUAUAGGAAACAGGCCAAUGGAUAGUAUUCUUAGAGAUCUUGGAUUUAGUAGUGGCAAGUCAAUGUCCUUGUUUUCAAGGGAAGGCCAUUUGGGCAUUCAUGUGGUGAAGUUCCCCGGUAGUGCUUCAGGUCUGAAGGAGGCGCUGCGACUGGCGGAACAUUUUGAAAAACAGAACCGAGGGCGAAAAGAUUGGGCCCGUGUGCAGUCCUCCUCGGCAUUUAACAAGGAAGAUGAUAACAAUCCAAACCUUGUGAAAUUGGAUGUGACAACUGGAGAGAAAAUGAGAAUCUUUUAUGGGCAUCUAGCCACUGUUUCUGAUCUGGACAAGGUUACUUUUGAGAUCAAGAAGAAGGUCACAAUUGAGAGCAGAAGGGAUUACAGCAAGCAUUCCAAUUAG